AGUCCCCACAUCAGCCGCGAGAAAGAUGAAAGCGAAGCCAACUCAUUCAUACGGGAAUGGCUAGUGCUCCCAAAAUGCCUCUCAUCAGUAGGAUUGUACCGGCGGAACACUGUUCAUCUACCCCUAGAAUGGAAUGGAGAGAAUGGAGGUGGACCUGGGAAGGCGCAAGAGGGUUUGUGGUGUAGGAGCGGAAGGAGGAGGACUCCAGUCAGUUGCAGCCCGACCUCCGGGCAAGAAGCGGCACCUUCAGACCCUCUCCUCCGAACAUCUCGACCACUGACGAAGAUCAGCACAGACAUGAGACGCAACUGGGGCGCCAGCUGGCAGGAGCGGCUGAUGACGCAGCGGCAGAGCGACGAGCUGCGGAGGCAGCAGGAGGCCAAGCGCGUGCACACGGAGCGGCGGCUGCAGGCCAUCGUGCGGGACGAGGAGGGCACCGAGAGGAGGAGGCAGGCGCGCCACGUGCGGGAGGAGCGGGAGGAGAGGCAGAUGGAGAGCGCCCUGCUGAAGGCAGAGGAGGACAGAAUAAACAGGGAGGAGCAAAUUGAACAAGAGGAGAGAAUGGCCAAAGAGCUCGCCCGCAUCAACUAUGAAAAGGAAAGAGAAGAGAAAAUGAGGCAGCAUAUCAAAGACAACAGCGUGGAGCUUCGAGCAUUGGAGUCAAAACUGAAAUCUGCAUAUCUGAACAAGGGGAGAGCGGCUCAGUUGGCCGAGCAGGAAGCGAUGAGGUUUGAGACAAUGCGUGAGGAGGCAGACUAUGCUCUCAAAUUGGAGAGAGAGCGUGAGCGAGCAGCCGUUGAGCAGCAGAGGCUGGAGCAGAAACACCACGAGGAGCAGGUGCAGUAUCAGAGGCAGCUGGAGCAGCAGUUCGUGGUGAGGGAGCGCAGGAGACAAGAGGCGUACGAGGAGUUCCUCAAAGAGAAGCUCUUAGUGGACGAGAUCAUCAGGAAGAUUUACGAGGAGGAUCAGAUGGAGAGGCAGCUGAAACUGGAGAAGGUCAGAGCCACUAAGCAGCACAUUGAAGAAUUCAAGAGGCAGCAGGCCGAGUGGAGACGCAUGGAGCAAGAAAAGGUGGAGGCUGAGAACAGACGCAUCGUGGAGUUUGCGAGCCAUCAGCAGCACAUGGAGGAUGGCAGAAUGGCCAAGAUCCAAGAGAUGGAAGAAGCCAAAGAGAAACUUUACAAAAAGCUGUCUAAGAGGAUUGAAGAGGAGAGGCAGCAGCGCGAAAAGAUGGAGCAAGUCCGUGAGGAACUUUAUUUAGAGGAACAAGAAGAAGCGAACAGGCAGAGAGAAAUUGAAGCUAUGGAGGAGAAAAUCAGACAGAGGCUGAUGAUGCAGCAGACGUUCCAGGACCAGAUGGCUUUCAAAGAGAUGCAGAGGAAGGCAGAGAAAGAGGAAGAUGAGGCCUUCAGGAAAACAAUGAUGACUAAGUUUGCCGAGGACGAUCGGAUAGAGCAGAUGAACGCCCAGAAAAGACGCAUGAAGCAACUUGAGCACAAACGCGAGGUUGAGAACCUGAUAGAGGACAGGAGACGGCAGCGCGAGGCUGACUUGGAACUGGAGGCCAAAGAAAGAGCAGCGGAGCAGGAGAGGGAGGCACUGCAUCGACAGAUAAUUGAAGAAGAAAGGCAGAAACUUCUUAAACGUCAUGCAACAAAACUCCUCGGAUACAUGCCGAAGGGCUUGCUUCGUGAGGACGACCUGGAGCACUUUGACGAAGACUUCAGAAAAAACUUUAAAGCACGUCCGGCUGAUAUCUCCUCUGAAGACAGCUGGGAUGGUGACGCUUAAACGCUUUUCUUUCAGUUUGCCACUAGAGGGCAGGCUAAGGCUACAGUGACCACUCAGUAGCAUUCUUUAGAGAUUUGUAUUCGUAACACAAAUUAUAUUCAGAAAGACUGCAAACUGACGCCUUUGAAUUCAACAACACACAGGAAUAUCAUUUUUUAAAACUAUCUAGACACCUUUAACCCAAUUUCCUUUUUACCUAAAAAAAAACAAACUGCUGAAUCCAGGGUUCGUACAGUCAUGAAGCAAUUUCCAAGCCUGGAGAAGUUUUGAGGAAAAUCAUAAUCAAAUUGUUUCUGUAUCUGCGCGUCAGAGUUGCAGCUUGAAGCCUAUUCUGACGGUCAAAGAUGGCUUGAGAAAGACCAGGACCCGGGACAUGCAAAAUGUGCACUGUGUCGUAAAACGUUCAACAUACAAAUCACGUGAAGACAUACACCAGCUCAGCUCCCGACAGACAGGUAGCUUCCAGAUUUGCAUGUGGUGAACGCAAGUGCUCAUGUACACACUUUUGGACUGGCUCCUUCUUUUAAGUCACUGACUUUGUCCGAGGUAAAGAAGCAAAGAGUGCAUGUCAUGUUAUUUGAUGAAAGCCUGAACCACUAUUUUCAAACUAAACAGUUAAGACAUGCGUGUGGGACAGGCCCAAGGUGAAGACUAAAUAUAUAUCGGCUCAGAGUUUUUGGGUCAUUCAUUUAUUUCUUCAUUUAUAUAGACGGGCGUUUCAGAGAGUGUAUGUUCAUGAAAAUGUAUCGGUAAAAAUAUGUACGAACCUCUAUGCCUUUGAAUUCAACUACACAGAAAUAUUUACUCGAAAUACCCAAAUCUCUCAGUGUUUAUGAUUUCCCCCAGUCUAGAGCUUUCAUGAACUCGUCUUCUUUGAACGACAGCAGCUUGGCAGCUUCAAAAUGCAUCUGCAGACACAACAAUAAAAACAAUAAACAAACAUGUUGAAUGUUGAAUGUUGAACUAAAAA